AUGUUUGAGAAAAGAGGAAGUGUGCAGUUUUGUGGCUCUGCGUUCAAACUGGAGACACAGCGAUCAAACAUUAUCUCUAAUCUACCUAUCAUCAACCAUCUACAAAACAGAUCUGAGUAUAAACCCUGCAUCCAGCCUCCUGUGUCGCCCUGUGGACAGUUUGGAGCCAAGGCCCAGAACAGCUCGCCCUUCUCCUCUCCUGAGUGCGUGGCUGAAGAUGUUUUCUUUGAGUCCACCUUUGAGGACCAGGAUCGAUGUUCGGUGGUGAGUGACUAUGACUGCCUGACGGAGGAGGAAUCCUGCAGUGAUCUCAACUCUUCUCUCAGUGACUGUCAGUACUUUCGAGACUUGGAAGGAGAAAUACUGUCUUUAUCCACUAGUGCUCCAAUCCCGGGCCACGCUAUUCCCUCGGCCUCGUCCUGUAACAGCCACAGCUCAAGCUUCGUCCCUCCGCUUCAGUCCAGGCCACUUCCAGUACGCAACAUAGACAAUAUAGACAUCACAGACAUGGCUGCCUCGUCUGGGCCCAGAGUUGGUUUAUCCAUUGGUCUAAAUGGACUGCUAGAAUCCAUGGAGUCAUCAGGUCAAGAAAAAGAAUUUGAAGAUAUGGAUAUUGUGGACACGGACCUGGAUAGCUUCCCCACUUUGGUCCGAUCUAUGUCCACGUCUCGAAGGCACAGCUGGGGUACUCCUGUGUCCCCAAUUAACCUGGGAAGAAGACUCAGCUUGGACACAGCUGCAGUGGACAGUGAUGGUGAAGAGGACAGACUCAACAGCAGCUUUUUGUCCCAUAAAGAGCCGGCCGGUCCUGAGCAGGACGUAACAGACGGACCUGGGGUGAAGAUCUCGAGAGAAAAGACGGCCGGUGCAGACAGACAUCAUAGGAGCUCUGAGCUUCUGUCCACAGAUGAAUGUUUUCGAGCUGCACACAUCUCUCGUGUGGUACAGACGUCCAAACAGGCCGCCGGAGUUGCAGGAGAGCCCAUGGAAAACCUGCAUUCACGUGAAGGACAGAGCCAUAUGCUGUUGGUACAGAAAGUCCUGCAGGAGCUGAAGUUGUACCAUGGUGCAAAGAAGAAGAUCAGCAACUCCAAUGAUUCAGGAAAUGUCACCUGGUAUGAAUUCCUCUCAAAAGAGAAUGAAGAAGAGGAAGACCAUGGGGAAAAGGUGGAGAAAGGUACCAGGGUGAAGAGGAAGCUCAGCUCUCUCAGGAGCAGAGUGACUGGUUCCUUCAAUAAAGAUAAGGGUAAGACUCGAGAGAAAGAGCAGCAAAGAGAGAGGGUGAAGGAGGUGAAGGAGGUGAAGGAUCAACAACACAGAGGCCGUGUGAUCAGCAGUAACGGCCAUGACUUUGUACCAGGGUCUUUCUCCAGCUGUGCCACCUGCUCACUGUGCAGCAAAGGCCUGCAGAAGAAGCAUGGGCUUCAGUGCAUGAAUUGUGCUGUCAACGUGCACAAGAGCUGCAAGAGCUUGCUUACUGAAUGCACCAGUCAUAAGAGAGACUCUUCGUCAAGGUCAGGCCCAUCAGUGUCCUCCUACUUGGUUAAAGACAGAGAGGCAGCAUCCUCCCAGGCCCUGGAUGGCCACACAAGUUGUCCCAGUGGUCCAGGCAUGACCAUUCUUUCACGGGGAGGUCACACUCAACCAGCUGCUGCCCAAAGCACCAGCUCGAGCGCAGCCUCUGCCCCUGCAAUGGCCAGCCUUCGUCACCACAGCAGCUCAGGAUCCCUCCCUGGGGAGAUGGACGAAACAGACAGUCUACGAUCCAAACGUUGCAAUGAAGAUGUCAUAUCUCUUGCUCCCUCAACAGUGGAGUCAAUUAAUGUAGAGGAUGUUCACUAUGCUGCUGUGCGGGCUGAUCUUGAGUCUGAUGCACAAGAUCUGGAGGCAGAAUCCUGGAGUUCGGCUGUUGACCCACAGUUUGUGAAAAAACAUUCCAAAGGCCUUGUAAAGAGACAGGAUGUUAUAUACGAGCUGAUGCAGACAGAGAUGCACCAUGUGAGGAACCUGAAGAUCAUGUUGCAAGUUUAUGUUCAUGAGCUGAAGGAGAGUCUUCAGAUGGACUCCAGCAGAAUAGACUGUCUGUUCCCUCGUCUGGAAAACCUGCUGGAGCUGCACACACACUUUUUGUCCCGACUCAAAGAACGGCAAAGAGAAAACCUUCAUCCUCCCAACACCAGGAACUUCAUUGUACACAGAGUAGCUGACAUUCUAAUCGCACAGUUCUCAGGUGAAGUUGGAGAAAAGAUGAAGGAGAGCUAUGGAGAUUUUUGCAGUCACCAUUGUGAGGCCGUCGCCUACUAUAAAGAGCAGCUACAAAACAACAAAAAGUUUCAUGCCACCCUUCGGAAAAUCAACAACUUGUCUAUUGUGCGGAGGCUAGGUGUGCCAGAGUGUAUUUUGCUGGUGACACAGCGCAUCACUAAAUACCCUGUGUUGGUAGAACGAAUACUUCACAACACUGAAGCUGGUACACAGGAGUUUGAAGAGUUAACUCAUGCGCUGGCUCUGAUUAAACAAAAAAUUGUUCAAGUGGAUGCAUUAGUCAACCUUUAUGAGAAAACGACACGCCUCAGAGAUAUUUACAGCAAAAUGGAGCCAAAGUCACAAGGGAAAAUCAAAGAUGGUCGAGUGUUUCGCCGGGAAGACCUCGCUCAGGGGCGACGGCGGCUUCUGCACGAAGGCACAGUCAACUGGAAGGCCGCCUCUGGCAGACUCAAAGAUAUUCUUGCAGUCCUCCUGUCCGAUGUGUUGAUCUUGAUUCAAGAAAAAGACCAGAGAUAUGUUUUUGCCACUGUGGAUAACAAGCCAUCAGUGAUCUCUCUUCAGAAGCUGAUUGUUCGAGAAGUGGCUCAUGAGGAAAAAGCUAUGUUCCUUAUCUGUGCUUCAUCCAAUGAACCAGAAAUGUAUGAGAUCCACACCUCCUCAAAGGAGGAACGCAACACAUGGAUGACUCACAUUCGGCAAGCUGUAGAAAGCUGUCCUCAAACAGAAGAGAGAUUGUUUAGUGAGGAGGAGGAAGCACGUGCAUCAAGACUCAGAGAAUUUCAAGAGCGUCUAAGCCAGAAGGAUGCAGUGAUUAUGCAGGCUCUCAGUGAGAAGUUGCAGCUGUUCGCAGAUGUAGCCGAGUCUGUGGCUGGAGUGGAGGACACAGCCUCUCGCUCCAGACUGCUGCUACGUGGUGAUGCCACAGACCUCCAGCAGGGGGAGGCACUUCUCAAAGGAGCCAUCACUGAAGUGGAGAACUUGCAGAACCUUUUACAGUCUGGAGUGAAGGAAGAACCACUGGAGGAGGUCUCUGGGGCUCUACUCAGGAGAGCAGGAACCUUUGGGGGUUAUGACAGUACAGCCCUCCUUAAUAACAAUUGCAAUGUCAAGACUUCUUCUGAGAGUAAAAACAGAGAUAGGAGCCAGCGAGCCAGCUCUGAUCCACAGCUGAAAGACCUGUGUGGCAACGUUACGCAUGAAGAAACGGUUGAUGAAAGUUGUUGCUCACCUCUGCGAUGGAACAGGAUCUGGAUGGAAUCUUUCCCUGAGGCUGAGUUUUUUGACAGAGUCCUCAUGCUUUCUCAGAGGCUUUACAGUCUGCAGGCUAUCAUUUCUCAUCAGGACAGUCAAAUCGAAUUGCAACGAGCCUCAUUGAUUGACCGUGCCUCUCUUCCAAGCCGAUAUCGUGGUAACUGUCUUCAGGAGCAAGAGAAGCAGAGAACCUUAGCUCUCCAAAGAGAAGAACUGGCCAAUUUUCACAAACUUCAAGCACAGCAUCGCCAGGAACAGCAGCGCUGGGAAAGGGAACGAGCAAAGCACCAUCAACAGGUGGAAGCCACAGAGGCCAAACUGCAGCAGAGAGAGGAGGAGUGCAAACGGUUGGAGGAACAACUCGCAGAAGAACGGCAAGAACUAGAGCAACAGCGUGAGAAGUAUCAGGAGGAUUUGGAAAGACUGAGAGAGUCGACCCGAGCUGUGGAGAAAGAGAAGGAACGCUUGGAACAUCAGAAAAAAUGCAAGAGGAAAACCAUAGAGGUCAUGACCAAUGUGGUCCCAGUGUCAGGCAGUCUGAACGGCGUGCCCAUUCCCUCCGGCCUUUCCGAGCUGAAGGGCCUGAGGAGCAGUGUGUCCGUGGCUCCGGCCGAUUUCCCCGAGCGCCCCGAGGUGACCCUGCGCAGGGAGGUGAGCAGCUGCACCUUGAAGACGGAGGUUCCUCUGCACCUGCUCAGCACCACCAACCAGCACAAGUCCGUGAACGUGUCUCAGCAGAUCCCCACCAAGCUGGCUGCGCUCAGCAGUGUGAAGGCCAGCAAGCCCAAGAGCGGGAAGGCCUCCCAUAGGUCUGACAGCACAGCGUCCAUGGACAUGAAGCAGAUGCUACCUCUGAAGCUGUCCGCUCGAGAGGACAGUUCCCUGAAGGCCAAGCGCUCCAUCAGCCCCCAUCAGCCCCUGUCCGUGUCCUCGUCCCCCCUUCCCCUCGCAGAUCCCCUGAGCCCACCGGACAGUGCAGGGCCUGACUGCACCACGUCCCUCCUCACCUCUCCUCCAGCAGUCACCCACAAACCCCCCUCUACGCAGCCCCCACUCUCCGUGCACUCCUUGGGCUCGGGCUCCUUCCUCUUCCAGCACCAGCCUCCGCCUCCGUACCAAGGGACCAGCGAGGACACCAAGGAGGACGUCAUCUUCUUCUAA